GGCACCCUCCACACCACACCCAUGGCCUGCUACAACAUCUGCCAACCCUGCGGACCCACCCCGCUGGCCAACAGCUGCAACGAGCCCUGUGCCCGGCAAUGCCAGGAUUCCCGCAUCAUCAUCAACCCUUCCCCUGUGAUGGUCACCCUGCCAGGACCCAUCAUGACCUCCUUCCCCCAGAACACCGCCGUCGGAUCCACCUCCUCCGCUGCUCUGGGCACUGAGCUCAAUGCCCAGGGACAGCCCAUCUCUGGGGGAUUUGGCUUUGGCCUUGGCUACGGGCUGGGAGGCCUGGGCUGCUAUGGCAGAAGGGGCUAUGGCAACAUCUGCUAA